AUGGAUGACAAGUUGCAGGAGAAGUUUGCUCUCGUUCAGCAGAUGAGAAGAGAAAAGGAACUGAAGGAAGCAAAGGCAAAGGAGUCGCAACCGUUCGAUAUCUUUUCGAUCGCAGGAGUGACACUGCCCACCACUGGUGGCUCUGGAGGACUGAACAUGACCAUCCGUCACGACAGCCAGUCGGCUUCUGGAAGCGGUGCCUCUAUUGGAUCGGUCAAGAGACCACGCAAGGAGCGGACCAACUCGACCAACUCGACUACCGACGAUUCGAGCCAGGUACCUGCAGGAGGGGAGGAAAGCACCGACGGACAAAAGCCCAAGUUGAAGCGCUCGUCUAUGGCUGCUCGUAACGACCCACAGGGCUCGGCUGCUCGGUCUGAUGCAGCUGAACGUGACAUCGACGUUACAAUGGAAUCGGGAUCUCAGCAACAGUCAUCGACGUCUGCAGAGUCAACUGGACAGGAAAAGUCACAGAGCCCUUCUACCGCAACCCCUCCCACCCCACUUCCCUCGCCUCCCAACGACGGCUCCAGCAGACGCAACUCUGGUUCUUCAUCUCCAACAAAGCUGCUCGCCAAGGAUAUGACUCACAAUGUUCAGAGCCGCUCUGGAAGCAUUGACGAGAACGAAGAAAUGGUCAUUGACAUGUUUGGUCGCUCGGUUCCUCGCUCAAGGCAUCACUCCUCAGACGAGGGGUCCGACUCUGAGAGCGACAUGGCGCACCCAAGAAGACGACGCAGGACACGGAUGGAAGAAGAGGAAUUGGACCGAUACCGACCAUCAUACCAACGCUCUGGACGUUACGGAUCCAGAUCUCGAUCCAGGUCACGAUCGCGGUCUUAUUCGCCUGGGGGCCGGCGCCACCACCGCCGUUCGCGCUCCCGGUCUGUCAGCCCAUACUACCCACAUGCCAGAGAGGGCGAUCGCCGAAGGAGGGGAGGCGGACGACGAGGUGGAGACCGCGAUGGACGUGACCGCCACUCUGGUGAUGAGGCUCCUCGCAACCCUGCAGAGGAAGUGGACCCUUACCAGGCGGCAAGUCGGUACUUGGACACGGCAUUCUACCCCACCAAAAUAUAUGUCGGCAACUUACCCAGCUCCAUCUCGCUGACAAGUCUGCGGACGCUCUUUGCGCCCUUUGGUGACAUUGAGGAUAUGAAUUUGGUCGAAGGCAAAGAUUUUGGAUUUGUGACCUAUGUUGAGCCUACAGGCGCACAGCAGGCAUUGGCCAAGAUGAAUGGAGCCAUGUUGGAUGGCACUUAUAUUCGAGUGAACAGGGCCAAGAUCCCUGAGAGAAACAGGCGUGGAUUCGCAGGCGUUGCAUGGAUGGACGAAGACGGUGAACUGGCGAGACUGGAGGAGGAGCAGCACCAGCAGGCUGCCGCCAUUGCAGGAGGGCUCCUUGCCACUGGAUCGACCCCAUUCUCACCUUCGCACAGUCGGUCAGAGUCAUCCACCAGCAUUCAUCACCACCACCAUCGUGAGGAUCGGCACAGGUCGUCGAGCAGUGGAGGCAUGGCGUCGGCAGACAGAUCUGGACAUCCUCGUGACUCAUCCAACUCUUCCAGGGCUGUCUCACCUGCCCCUGUUCGCUCUGCUCACCAGCUCCCGAUCAAACCUCGGUCGCCCAAAUUGCCCCCUAAGCCUACAGGCGCAGCAUCAUUCCCUCCUGUAGGCGUGGACCCUCGUGCUGCCAUGGCUGGUCGUGGUGGUGGACGCCAGAUUUUGCGAUACGACGAUCUGUAG